AUGGCAUUAACAACAAAGUGUCACAGUGUCGUCGUCGCCGACUUGAAAAGCAGAAACCAACAACAACAACACCAAAAAACAAUGAAAAUUUUCACAACACCAAGAUGUCUAUUCUUUGGUCUGACGCUGCUAAUAACAUUCUUUGCCCUGCACAUACAAUCCGUGGAGGCUAUGGCCAGGCGGAAUUAUCAAACUGAAGCUAUGGAUUAUGAUGAUUAUGGCUAUGCCUCACCCAAUAUGGAUAUACAAAAACGUAGUGAUUCGAUGCGGGAUAAUAGGAAUACGAAUAACAACAACGAUGAUGAUGAUGGAGGCGGCGGUGGAGGUGGUGCGGAUACAGAACCCGAUGCACCCAAUGAAAAAGGUGACUUUAUGCCCCGCUUUAAAAAUCCCAAAAAUCUAAGGAAUAUUUUUCCCAAACCUUCGGGAAGCUUUAUACAACUUGCCUGCCCUGCGGUGGGUAAACCGGAACCUAAUAUCACCUGGCUGUUGAAUGGCACCAAGAUUGCCCGCAACAUGGGUCGUGUUAAGAAAACUAAAUGGUCCAUAACCAUGGAAGAUUUGGUACCAACCGAUUCGGGUUACUACACCUGCAAAGUGUGCAAUCCUUUGGGUUGUAUUAAUCACACCACGAAGUUGCAUAUCAGUGAUCGUGUCAACCACAAGCCCAUCAGUUUGGAGGCUCCCCAGAAUCUCACCUUGUUCAUCAAUGAAAGCGGUAAAAUGGAUUGUAAAUUUCUAUCGGAUUUAUUCAGUGUCAAAAGUUGGACCUUUACACCGUGCAAUGCAACGGCAUGUUCACCGAAUACCACUGUGGUGGAGGGUGAUGAUGUCUUGAGAUUUGAAAAUGUCACCGAGGAUCAGGAGGGCUGGUAUACCUGUAUGGAAAUCAACAGUUUGGGCAAAUCAAUGAGUAUGGCAUAUUUGCGGGUACUUGAUCCAAUGGAGACCAAGGUCACGAAGGUUAUACGUUCUCAGACAUUGUGGGAGGUGGUGGUGGCAACGGUUAUCCUAUUGAUGUUAUUACUCCUGGCCAUAUUUAUCUACUAUGUCUGGCGUAAAAUGAAACAUGAAAAGCUGCUGAAACAACGCAUUGAAACUGUACACCAAUGGACGAAGAAGGUUAUUGUUUACAAACCAGCCUCGGGAGAUUCCUCAGGUUCCAUGGAUGCCAUGAUAAUGCCAGUGGUAAAAAUUGAAAAACAACGGACCACAGUUUUGCAAAGCUCCAAUUCCGAACCGGCACCAUUUAAUGAAUAUGAAUUUCCGCUGGAUUCCAAUUGGGAGAUACCACGUAACACCUUGAUAUUGGGCGCCACUUUGGGUGAGGGUGCAUUUGGUCGUGUGGUUAUGGCUGAGGUAAAUAAUUCCAUUGUUGCCGUCAAAAUGGUUAAGGAAGGACACACCGAUGACGAUAUUGCAAGUUUGGUGCGGGAAAUGGAAGUCAUGAAAAUCAUUGGAAAACACAUCAACAUUAUCAAUCUGCUGGGAUGUUGCUCGCAAAAUGGUCCCCUUUAUGUUAUUGUGGAAUUUGCACCGCAUGGUAAUUUAAAAGAUUUCCUCAAUAAAAAUCGUCCCAUUAAGGAUUAUGAUAAGGAAGGAAAUCUAACACCACCCGAACACCAUUUGACCGAGAAGCAUUUAAUUUCCUUCGCCUUUCAAAUUGCUCGCGGCAUGGAAUAUUUGGCCUCAAGACGUUGUAUACAUCGUGAUUUGGCGGCACGUAAUGUUCUCGUGUCCGAUGAUUAUGUUAUGAAAAUUGCUGAUUUCGGCUUGGCCCGUGAUAUUCAAGAUACCGAUUAUUAUCGUAAAAAUACUAAUGGACGUUUACCAAUAAAAUGGAUGGCACCCGAAUCGUUGCAAGAGAAAUUCUAUGAUUCUCAGAGUGAUGUGUGGUCUUAUGGUAUAUUACUAUGGGAAAUUAUGACAUUUGGCGCCCAACCAUAUCCCACGAUUAUGUCCGCGGAGGAAUUGUACUCAUAUCUUAUGUCUGGUCAGCGUAUGGAAAAACCAGCCAAAUGUUCGCUGAAUAUUUAUAUGCUGAUGCGUCAAUGUUGGCAUUUCGAUGGCAAUGCCAGGCCAACAUUUUCCGAAAUUGUGGAAAACCUGGAUAAAUUGCUGCUGAGUAAUGAAGAUUAUCUGGAUGUGGCGGUGGCGAAUUUAGAGACACCACCCUCAUCAAGUGAUGAGGAAGAAUCGGAUGCCGAAUCCAUGCGUUAUCAUUAUAAAUGAGAAGCGAGGAG